AUGGGUUGUAUAUUCGGCCGACACUGUGAUCCUGGAGUCCCAGAUCCUUCCGUCAGGCACCGGUGGCACGUCGACGGCCUCAUCCUCGACGACGGCACACAUUCUGAGGUGAGGUUUCGAGCUGCUGUUUGGUCCUUAACUCAGAGUGAAAACCAUGGAAAAUUGUUCAAUUCUCAAUAAAUGAGUUUAAGAAUUCAUGAAUGAUUUAUUAACAUUCUCAUACCCAAAAAAAAACAAGCUGAGAAGUUCAACUUCGAAAAAAUGUAUGAAUAAGGCUCCCACUGAACUUUUUGUUUUUAAAUUUUUCUCCGGUAUUCUGAAAAAGUUCGAUUUUUAUGAAACUACUAUUUUUUUCACUACAGAAGUUCUGUAAAAAGCUUUAUUUGGCCAACAGAAACGUUUUUUUAUACUCGGAAAAAUGAAGAUUUUUCUCUUGGAUUCGAAUUUUUGUUCUGUUGAAGCGUAUGAAAUUUUGAGAUGCCGGCGAAAAUGUGUACUUUUGAAAUAACGCCUUCAAAUGAGGCUAAUAACUGAAGUAUUUUUCAAAAAGGAAAAAUCGCUGAGAUUGAUAAGUGAUACAAACUAAAUUUCUAUCUUAACUCGAUUUUUUUGAUACAAUUUUAACAAAUGAUUUUAUAAGCUUCAAUCUUAGAAUGCAGUUGAAACCGCUUCAACUAACAGAACUCAUAAAAAUUAUUUGUAUAGCAUCAACAAGGUUGAUUCAUGCAGGAUCGCUUGCAAUUUUUUACAGCGAGAUUUGAGAACUUUUGCAUCUCAAAAGCAAAUGGAGCCCUGUUUUCUGGAACGUUGUUCACCAUAAAGCAGCCUUUUUUGCUCUUGCACCCUAAUGACGGUCAUAUUGCAUUGAGAAGCAAAAGAACCCAGAAGAAAAAUGACGACUUGCAGAUACGGCGAGGGGGUCUCGUUUACAUACAAGACGAAGCGGUGUGCUACCGCCCGCGGCGGUUCGACUGCUCUCGCCACGGAGGAGCGUACAGCGUCGACAUCGUGAACAUUCAGAACACGAGCAAAGGAAAAACCUACACCGAUGAGGUUUUCAUCUUUUGAGAGGGAAUCGCGGCGUUCUAACGACGGCUUGACGUUUUGCAGCUCUGCCUUUUCCAGUUGCUACCUAUAGCUAACUUUAAGAGCACGAAAAAAAAGGAAAUUUUUCUGCUUGGCAAGGAUUCCGCCGUUAGAUUCGUAUUUAACAAAAAAAAAUUUGUUUUCUGGUUGCUCCGGCCGUGAAGAACCUAACCUUGAAUAUCAACUCUGCUCUGUUUUUUUUGUAAGCAGCUGGAAUUUUUUUCUUGACACUGACUUUUUUUUGUUUUCAUGUGGAUUUUUCUAUCAAAAGAAGGAGUCAAAUGAAAUUUCACUGUAUCACUCAAAAAAAGUUGGCUGAGUAUUCCUUUUUUUCCGUUUUUUUGACUGGAAAUUAAUCACUUUUUUUCGAAUAUCACACGCUUUAAAAAAAUUUUAUUUCAAACAUAAGGUCAAAACAAUUCUAGAAAAUAUCCGAUUUUUUUAAAAACUCUACCAUUAUCAGAAUAGACUUCGUGCUCCAUAAAAAAAGUUUGCAGAUGCUAUCGUACAAAGUUUAAGCUUCACUUUCAAUCCGCUUUUUUUGUUUUAAACCUUCCCUAUGAAUGAAUCAGAAUCGAAAAAAGCUAAACCGUUGGGAAUCCGCAACUUUUUUAUACAAACUUUCUUGCUACUUCAUUCUAAAAUUAGAAAUUUUUCAUGAAAAAGUUUUGAAAAAAAAAAUCAAAAAGAGAACUUUGCCGUUUUUGCGUUAUGCCAAAUAUUCAGCAGAACCGGCGGCAAAUCAAAAGGAACAUCAUCUGGUUGGAAAUUCACGCCAGCGACGUGAACCAAACGAUGGGCUUGUUGACCACCGGAGAUAUUGAUAAGGUUCAUCAUUAUCUAUUUCAUGAAUUACAGUGGGUUUGGUACGAUUCAAAAAGAGAUGUCUACGGAAAAGAGGCGUCGAAAUGAGAAUUUUUCCUUUUUUUCACAUUUUUGUCCAAAAUUUCGAACUUUUGACUUUUCUAUCUUUUGUGCCAGGCUUUCGACUCUGUUGGUGACAAAAUUAUGAAAACCUGAUUCUAUUUUCAUUCGAAUUUUUUAGAAUGGAUCAUGGCGGAUAGAAUUAAAAAGAACAGAUUGAAAAAGUGUGCUGUUCUUUUGCAACCAAGAUUCCGAGCCCAGAAGUUAAAUUUAUUGAACUUUAAAAGUUUAAAAAAAGAUCGAUUUUUCAGGUGUACAAAGAAAUCUGCGACAUCAUCUCGAAACAUCGCCAAAAAGCCCAAAAAUAG